GCGAGGCGGGCGGGACGAGGUGCUGUGGCUCGUGCCGAGGUCUGAAGACCGGCGGUGAAUUUUUCAUAAGCAAAGCGUUUUCUUUUCUGCUGUUCGUUUCCCCUAAUUUAGGCCAGGAGCUCCUCUCCGCCAUGCCAUCUGCUCUUGGCCACAGCAGUCCGGCUGCAGCCCUGCACGAAGCCCUGGAAAAUGCAGGCCGCUUGAUAGACCGACACCUGCAGGAUGACCGCUACUUCCCCGAUCUGUCAGAGCUGCUCAAUGUUCCUGCUCACAACAUGCCUUCCCUCUCGGGGGUAUCAGACAUGGACUACCCCCUGCAAGGUCCCGGGCUGAUUAGUGUGCCAAGCCUUCUGGAGUUGAGUGCAGUACGCCGGGUCCCGCUUCCUCCUGAGCUGGUGGAGCAGUUUGGUCACAUGCAGUGCAACUGUAUGAUGGGAGUUUUCCCUGAGAUCAGCCGGGCAUGGCUCACAGUAGACAACGACAUCUUCAUGUGGAACUAUGAGGAUGGGGGGGAUGUGGCCUACUUUGAUGGACUAAGUGAGACCAUCUUGUCAGUGGGACUGGUCAAACCCAAGGAAGGAAUCUUCCAGCCCCAUAUCCACUUCCUGCUGGUGCUGGCCACCCCUGUAGAUGUGGUAAUACUUGGCCUCAGCUUCCCAAGGGCUCAGGCAGGGCUAAAUGACAGCAUGUCUGGGGGCAUGCAGCUGCUACCAGAUCCCCUUUAUUCCAUCCCCACGGACAACACCUACAUGUUGGCUGUGGCUUCCACUGACCGGGGCCGCAUUUUCUUGGCGGGAAAAGAUGGAUGUCUGUAUGAAAUUGCCUAUCAGGCAGAGGCUGGCUGGUUUAGCCAGCGCUGUCGUAAAAUCAACCACUCCAAGAGCAGCCUGUCUUUCCUUGUGCCUUCCCUGCUUCAAUUCUCCUUCUCCCAGGAUGAUCCUGUAGUCCAGAUCGCUGUUGACAACUCCCGUAACAUCCUCUACACGCGUUCAGAGAAUGGGGUCCUACAGAUGUAUGACCUAGGUGUUGACGGCCAGGGGAUGAGCCGAGUGGCCGCCAUGUCUCAAAACUCCAUUGUGGCAGCUGCCGGCAACAUUGCCAGGACCAUAGAUCGCUCUGUGUUCAAGCCUGUCGUCCAUAUUGCAGUGAUUGACCGAUCAGAAUCUUCAGACUGCCAACUACUGGCUAUCACUCAUGCAGGAGUGCGCCUGUAUUUCAGCACUUCACCCUUUGCUCCACCCAAUGCCAAGUACACAACUGCCCGGCCCAGUCUGCUGGCACUGGUCCAUGUACGCCUUCCUCCUGGAUUUUCUGCCUCUUCCACAUUGCAGAAACCUGCCAAGGUACACAAGGCCUUGUACACUAAAGGGGUUCUGUUGAUGGCUGCCUCUGAAACUGAGGACAGUGACAUUCUCUGGUGUAUCAACCAUGAUUCCUUUCCUUUCAAGAAGCCACUCAUGGAGUCCCAGAUGACCACCAAUGUAGACGGCCACUCCUGGGCACUGUGUGCCAUUGAAGAGGGUCGGCCAGCCAGAAUCUCCACGCCCAUUAAUAAAGACCUAAUUCCCCUUACAGAGUCCCCUGUGGUUGUUCAGCAGCACAAUUUUCCUCCUAAGAAAUUUGUCAUCCUCUCUGCAAAGGGAAGUCACAUUUUCCAUAAAUUGCGGCCUGUGGACCAGUUGCGUCACCUACUGGUGAGCUGUGCUGGAGGUGAGGGUGAGGAGAUUGAGCGGUUCUUCAAAUUACAUCGGGAGGAGCAAGCCUGUGCCACUGCUCUGAUCUUGGCCUGUUCUAGUGCUGCAUGUGACCGUGAGGUGUCAGUGUGGGCCACCCGGGCCUUUUUCAGGUAUGGAGGAGAGGCACAAAUGCGGUUUGCCUCUGCACUCACUGCCCCCAGCAAUGUGGGACCCCUGUUUAGUUCUCCUGUCCCAGGAUCCCCAAUAACUGUCGGUAGUCCUCUUACCAACCCCAGCUUCCUGGGUACACCUGCACCAGGUAUGGCACCACCUGCCAUGUCCACACCCUUCAUUCUCUCUCCUCCUGGGGCUGCAUCUGUCACUGGUAUCUCUGCAGGGCCUGAGGUUGUCUUCUCUGGCAAACACAAUGGCAUUUGCUUGUACUUCAGCCGUAUAUUGGGGAACAUAUGGGAUGGCAGUCUGGCAGUGGAGAAAACAAUCAGCACAGGAAGCCAGACUAUCAGCAUUAUGGAGAGCACAGUCACAACAAUGGACCUGGAAUCUGUGUUGCUGGAACUCCAUGGGCUGAAGGACUUCUUGGACAGGAACUCUCAGUUCAACCCAGGUUCCUUGGGUGUGACUAGCUUCAGCUCCCCAGCUAACCUGCAGCAGCGGCUGCUAGGGUUCAUGCGGCCUGAUGGGGGUAGCUCUCACCAGGUUCAGCAGGAGCUCCAAAGGAAGUACCACACUGAGGCACAGGCCUAUGAGAAGGUGUCCCUGCAAGGUGUUCAGCUACUGAUUCAGCGUUCCUGCCAGACUCUGGCUUUGUGGAAGCUGCUCUGUGAGCAUCAGUUCAGUCUCAUCCUGGCCGAGCUACCCAAGGAGUUUCAAGAGCAAGUGAAGAGCAGCAGUUUUAAGGAUGUGGUGAUUCGAGGUCGCGAGUUGACAGGUGCUCUUAUCACUGCCCUCAUCAAUGUAUACAUCAAGGACAAUGCUUCAGUGGAUGCAAUCAGUUCCCACCUGCGUGACACCUGCCCCCUGCUGUACAGCAGUGAUGACAGUAUCUGCUCAAAGGCCAAUGAGCUGCUGCAGAGCUCCAGGCAGCUGCAGAGCAAGAUGGAUCGUGAGCGCGCACUAAAGGAGUCACUGCGGCUCUACCAGCAGAUCAGCCACCACACAGACCUGCCACUCGUUUGCGCACAAUACCGUCAGGUGCGUUUCUACGAGGGUGUGCUGGAUUUGUGUCUCACUGCUGCUGAUAAAAAGGACCCCCAGCGACUGGGACCCCACUUCUACAGGAAUGGUGAGCCAGAGGAAGAUGCAGCAGGGCAGCAAGCCUUCCAGGAGAGAUUGUCCUGCUACAAGUGCAUAACAGACACUCUGCAGGAGCUGGUGGCUCAGAGCACUGCAGCACCACAGUCUCCUAGUGUUCCCAAACAGCCUGGCCCUCCCGUCUUGACCUCUGACCCCAAUAUGCUGAGCAACGAGGAUGCUGCUGCACAUUUUGAACAGCUCCUCAGUCUGGCCCAGAAGUCCCAGGAUGAGCUGUUCCACAUUGCACUCUACAACUGGCUGAUCCAGGCUGACCUGACUGAGAAGCUGCUGGAGAUUAACUCGCCAUACUUGGAGGAGCACUUGAUGCGGAUGAUCAAGCAGGACCAGAACAAGGUGCGCAGCAUGGACCUGUUGUGGCGAUACUAUGAGAAGAGCCGCAGUUUCAGUAAGGCUGCACACGUCCUGGCUCGACUUGCUGAAAUGCACAGCACAGAGAUAUCCUUGAAGCAGAGAUUGGAGUACAUCUCCAGGGCUAUUUUGUCAGCCAAGAGCUGCUGUACCUCAUCUCAGGGAGCUGAUGGAGAGUUCCUGCAUGAGCUAGAGGAAAAGAUGGAGGUGGUACGAAUCCAGGUGCAGAUCCAAGAGACUCUCAAAAAACAGUACUCCCAGCAUCCUUCAGUACAGGGGGCCCUAUCGCAACUGGACUCAGAACUAAUGGACAUCACUAAGCUAUAUGGGGAAUUUGCGGAUCACUUUCGGUUGUCGGAGUGCAAACUCGCCAUUAUCCAUUGUGCUGGGCACUCUGAUCCAAUCCUCGUACAUUCGUUGUGGCAGGAGAUACUGGAAAAAGAGCUGAGCGAUAGCGUGACCAUGAGCCCAGCUGACCGCAUGAGAGCACUGAGCCUGAAGCUGGUAUCUUUGGGCAAGAUGUAUGCUGGGACGCCCCGGUAUUUCCCGCUGGAGUUUCUGGUGAAGUACUUGGAGCAGGAAGUGUGCCGGCUCAACUGGGAUGUGGGCUUUGUUACCUUCACGCUGCAGGAAAUUGGGGUGCAGCUGCCACGACUCCUGGAAGUCUAUGAUCAUCUCUUCAAGACCCGGGACCCUUGUUGGCAGCGCCUAAAGAAGCCAUUACACCUGGUGGAGUGUAUCCAUGUACUGCUGUCAGGAUACGUGGCAGAUCCCAGUCGUGUGCCUGCCUAUGACAGGAGGAGGUUCACAAACGUGUGCCUGGACAACAUUUGCGGCUACCUGGUGGAGCUGCAGUCGCUGAGUCCCAGUGCCGCCCUUCAACGCAUCAUUGGCAACUUCAAGACACUUCAAGCCAAGCUGGAGAAAGUGCACUGAGAUGCACUGGCCUCAGGGUUCACCGCUUAAAUUGUGAACUAUGUUAUUGGAUAAUUUGUAUACCCAUCAUGCCACAGGGACACUACUCACUCGGCAUACAGAUCGUGGCUGGCUGUAACCCCAAACCUCUGUGCCUUCCUUCCCACCUUCUGUGCAUCUUAAGAACACCAAAUACAGGGAGAUUAGAGGCUGUUGGCAUUUUACACUUUUAAAUUAUUUUGUGUAUAUGUUUUCGAGUAUCUACUACCAUACAAAAGAGAAAUUUGAGGCUGGGAAACCAAAAUUGGAUUACAUAGGAAAUAUCCAGUCCUCUCCUCUGUCAGAUGUAGACUAAGCCAUUCUGAAUACAAUUCUUCUGAUAUUGUUUCUGUCUGUAGGAAAAACUAGAGAUUUUCAAGUUCUAAAUUAAACUUGUAAAACAGUGGUAAUAUUUCUAGUCUUAAGUAUUCUUGGGACUUUUGUUUAGCAGUAUUGUACAUGGAGUUUUCAUCCUUCAGUGUAUAGAACAGACUGCAUUGUUGGCUUUUAUUUUGUAGGCAUCUGGGUUUGUUUUGCGCAGCAAUGCUGGUUUGAUGAAUGAUAAAAACAAACCUGAAAACAGCACUGAACAGCUCACUUCUGGUGAUAUGUAGCUCACUCCAGUGUGCACACUGUUGCCAUGCUGGGGCACCUGCUCUAGGGCUUUCUAUUUGGGUUGUGUAUUGUGCUGAAGCUGUCCCCUCUUCCUCUGUAUCUGCUGAAUGGCCUUGGUUAUAUCUUGCUUCAACCCCUCAGAGAGCCGCAGCUAUGUGUAGAGUGUAUGUUUCGUUGGUUUUGUUUGAUAAGUGUUUGGACCACUUAAACUGGUAUCAUCAGUGUCGUGGCCCUUGUAACAACGAUGUUAAUAACAAUCAUGGUGAUGUUGAUGAUUGAAUAGGUAAUCCUGAUGUUGUUUAUUUAACCAGGAUUUAGUACUACAAUGAGUUCUGUACCUAAAAUCUGAAUGCUG